AUGCAGGAACAACUCAUGAAAACAGUUUGUGGCGACGAUGUGUGGGAUCUGCGCAAUGUAGGGCUGGAUGAACUGCAUGCUUAUCUAACUGACAGGGAGGUCCCUACUGAGCAAGCAGACGUGUUAUGCCAGCAGUUGCACCUUGGGUCAGCUUGGUGCGCGCGAGCUCCAGAGCCUGUCGUGGAAGUUCUGGCAGCUGCGGGGGAGCCUGUGCUGGACGAGGAUAAGGAUCUGGAAGCAGAGUCUGGCGGGCAGGCAGAUGAGUGUCACGUGUCUUUGGGCAUGGCCUUAUCACGUAAAGCCAUGGCAGUGGUGGAUCUUUCAAAAGCUGACUCGGAGUUGCGCUUCCAGAUGGAAGAGGUGGGCGUGUCAGCAGCCGUCCAGAAGAAGAUUUAUGAUGCCGGGGUUACCUCCUUGCAUAUCUUCUGGGGCUUGGAAGAGUCAGGGGAGGAAAUGCGGGCAGUGUUCAAGGACGCCAAACUGGGCGUACAACAGCGCCUGGUUCAGAACACAGAAUAUUCAGCAAUGAGGGCGGCAGUUGAGUGUGCACAGGGGCGAUCAUUGAAAGAUCGCGAAGUGCCCAGCAAAUCGCUGAUAGCUCUCAAACUGGAACAAGUGGAAGAUGGCGCACCGGUUGCUGAGGACUUGCGAGAAGUGACGUCCCUGGAAGAUGCGCAUGUAGAAGCAUAUGGGGCCGUGAUCGACCCUGCCUCGCAGACGCUGCGGAUCCGCCCCGGAAAGGCCACAACCACGCCUCCCGCGACGCCUGAAGAGCUUCGGCUGCGUCACCGGAGACUGGGGCUAGCCUGGGAUUUUGUGCGAACUCCUCAUUCGACCAGAACUUGGCUACCACAGUCCUGCGUGGACACCUUCCGACUGCUCUCGGACCAUGUGCUUGGCUCCCACGUGGCAGGUGUGAAGACGGUACUCACCUAUGAACUUGAGCUACGUAAAGCUGCCUACCGUUUUGUGCGCGAUGGAAAGAGUUCCUGUUUGAAUUCUGCCAUUGAGAAAGCCAUCGACUCCACCGACCUGUUGAACUUGCAUUUCAUUAUCCCUAUGACGCUCGGCAAGAAACAAAGCUGUCCAGGAGAAGAGGAGGUUGCUGCUCCGCCGCCGCCUGCUCCCCAUCCGGCAGGCAGGGGCUCCAAAGGCAGUGGCAAAAGCAAGCAGAUGCCUUCAUGGGAGCGCCAAUGGGGAAAAGCGUCGCCUGCGGUGGGGGAUGUUCCCCCGCGCCUGGCUAUCUCGGAAGAUACUGCCAAGCGUCGCAGACAAGACUGUGAAGAAGCUGCUGGUUUGCGUGAAGUCUACAGUUCUACAGACGGGCAGAACACAGUUCAGGCUGAAGAUUGGCGCUGGGAGCAUACUGGUGAAGGCGUGUGGGAACCGCGUAGCUUGGAAGUGGCUGAAGACAGUUCUGAUGAGGACGAAGAUGGCCACGUCAAGCCACAGCUGGGAGAUGGAGUCUGGGGCAGGGGGCGGAGAUGCGCCGGGGACAUGCCGUCGCUGGGAUUUGCCGAAAGUCUUGGCAAGGAGCUCCUGAAGAUCCUAGUGCGGCACGUGGACCUAGUAAGCUUAGCUGCAAAGCUGUCGCUGGGCAAGGUCUCAGACAACCCGUUCAGUUCGGAAGUGUUGGCUGAAGGACGUGAGCUUCUUUUUACUGCGUUGGAAUAUGCCGGGGCCAAGCUCCCGGUGAGGGAGCGGACGGAGGGGCAGCCCUUUUACCUGGCGGCGAUGGAGGAGCUGCUCCGCCUUUCCGGCGAUCCUGACAGCAGAGUUUUCUUUUCUUCCAGUGUGUCUUUCGCAAAGGGUGUGCGUCUGGGGCCUGGGGUGUGCUUACCGCGGGUGCCUUCGGUCUUUGAGAAAAAGGAGAAGUGGCGGAAAUAUGAUAGUGGGUUCUGCGAGCCUGGAGCUGAGCGGGAAAACUAUUUGUCUGCAAGGGAGCACGCGGGCGAAGUCCAACAGCAGUUCCAGGCGGAGGCAGCGCUGGGUGCAAUGGUCGAGGUGACCACGGCAGAGGCCCGAGCGCAAUUUGGAAAGCAGCUAGCUGUUGCUUCCUUGGGCGCGCUCGAAAAGAAGGAUGGCACGUAUCGAGUCGCGCACGACGGCGCCAAUGGGAUCACAGUGAAUUCUGCUAUUCGGGUGCGUGACCAAAUACGCUCACCGGGUGCUGGCGAGCUUCGCGCUGCGCUCCAAGAGCUACCUGGGCAAUGCUUUGGAUUGACUGGAGAUGUGGAGCGUGCGCAUAGGCUCGUGAAGAUCGCAGCGGCCGACUGGGGGUUGCAAGCGUGCAAAACUGGUGUUGGUGGAAGUGACAAGCUCUGGUUGAAUAAAGUGGGUACAUUUGGAAUUUCGAGCGCAGCAUACCACUGGUCACGAUUAAUGUCGGGACUCGGCCGUGCAGCUUUCUACUUGCUUGGGAAAAGGGAGAUCUUCAUGCUUGUCUAUGUAGAUGACCUCUUGUGGCUGGCGCACAACGACAAAGAUAGUGUGCAGAUGGUGUGCCUGGUAAUCUUUUUCUUUGUGUUACUAGGAUUGCCCUUUUCUUGGCGGAAGUUCAAGGGAGGGGGUGAGUUCUGUUGGGUAGGGCUUGAAUUAAAUCUGAGAGAAAGCAAGCUCGGACUGUCUGUGCAGCGUGCCCAGUGGCUUAUACAAUGGCUCACAAAAACAACGGCUGCAGACUAUGUCAAGAUUGCGGAUGUCAGUGCGGUGCUGGGGCGGUUGUCUUUCGCGCUAACUGCACUUGGGCAUCUCAGACCUUUCUUGGGGCCAGUUUACGCGUGGGUAGCCUCCUUGGACCAUCGUCAUGCCUACAAAGUGCCCCGAGCGAUCUCCUUGAUCUUCAAGUUCCUGGCGAAGGCGUUAGGUGGAGGCGGCAGGCUAACUUCUGCUGGGAAGGCGCACGCCGUCGAAAAGGAGCUCUUCAGAACUGAUGCAAAAGCCGAGGGCAACGAAGUCUGGAUCGCAGGUUGGGCUCUAGAUUGCGAGAACACCAAGCAGUGCAGGUGGUUCUCCGAGCGGCUGGACCAUGUUACUGCGCCUUGGGUGUACAUGGCUGGCGAAGCUUAUCGCCAAAUCGCAUCGCUGGAGCUUCUAGCAACGCUAGCGGCGGUGAUGUUGUUUGGUGUACCACCCGGAGAGGCAUGCGGAUUCCACUGCUCAGCCGCUACCGACAACAGAGGAAACAGCAACCUCGUGUCGCGGCUUCUGACCACAAAAUUCCCUCUGUGCAUCUUGCUGAUGGAACUUGCCGCGCAGCUUCAAGACAGGGGAGCGGAGCUUAGACUACAUUGGCUGCCACGGCUGCAGAACGAGGAGGCGGACUCCCUCACAAAUGGCGACUACAGUCGCUUCGAUAAGAGACUGCGACUAAGAUUUGAUUUGCGGUCGUUCCAGGGUUUGGUUUUGCAAGAUCUCAUGCGCGCAGGAAUGGACCUCUAUGAGGAAGUGCGUGAUUCUUGA